AGCGCGGGGCGCGGGGCUGCAGGAGGCGCGGACAAUACCGGGGCGGCGGCGGCGGCUUCGGCCCCGAUCGGCUCCGUUCGGACACGCUCGGCCCGGCCCGGCCCCGCUCGGCCCCCCUCGGCCCCGCCCGGCCCCCCUCGGACCACCUCGGCCUCCUUCGGCUCUGCCCGGCCCGGUUCGACCCCGCUGGUCUCGCCCCGGCUCGGCUCGGCGCGGCGCGGCCCGGCACGAUGCUGGCGCUGUUCAACAAACUGCUGGACUGGUUCCGGGCGCUGUUCUGGAAGGAGGAGAUGGAGCUGACCCUGGUGGGGCUGCAGUACUCGGGCAAGACCACCUUCGUCAACGUCAUUGCGUCAGGACAGUUCAAUGAAGACAUGAUCCCAACGGUGGGCUUUAACAUGAGGAAAAUCACCAAGGGGAACGUUACCAUAAAGCUCUGGGACAUCGGUGGACAGCCGCGGUUUCGCAGCAUGUGGGAGCGGUACUGCCGCGGAGUGAGUGCCAUCGUGUACAUGGUGGAUGCUGCUGACCAGGAGAAGAUAGAGGCCUCCAAGAAUGAACUGCACAACCUGCUUGACAAGCCACAGCUCCAGGGCAUCCCGGUUCUAGUGCUGGGGAACAAGCGAGACCUGCCUGGUGCCUUGGAUGAGAAGGAGCUCAUUGAGAAAAUGAACCUCUCUGCUAUCCAGGACCGAGAGAUUUGUUGCUACUCCAUCUCCUGCAAAGAAAAGGACAACAUUGACAUCACCCUACAGUGGCUUAUCCAGCACUCGAAGUCUAGGAGAAGCUGAGAUCCUGCAGGCUGCAGCUCGGAUCGGGAAGAUGCCAUUGUACAAGCCCAUGCCCCUUCUCUCUCCUGCUCUGUCCCUCCAGCUCUCUCUAGAUGGGUAUUUUUAGGGGACCCCAGACUCCGCUUGCAUUGAGGUGGAGCCCUUGUUUUUAUUGUAAAGAAAAUGUCCGACUCUGCCCUCUUCUCCUCUCCUCUCUCUGUCUCUUCCUUGAAUUUUGGCACUGUUCUGUUGUUGUCUGUGUAUACAGUAUAUAUAUAUAUGUAUAUAUAUUUUAAUUUUUUAAUUUAAGCGGUAGCGCUGUCACUAAAUCAUGCCCCGUGAGUGAUAGGAAGGCUGUGGGCUCCCCAGCUCUGGCCGAGGAGCCAUGCUGGGAGGAAGAUGAGGUGGUGGCAGAAGGCGGCCCCUUGGAGAUGGGAUUGGGGCUGCAGGCAGGUUCCCUGGGGCUCCCUCAUCCCUUCCCUGGGUGCCCUACCCGAGCCCCGGGCUGGGAGCACCCUGCGGGGUGGGGAAUGUGCCUGCCUUGCCCUUCGCAAGGCUUUGCCCCCACGGGCAGGGGUUGGGGGGAGGCAAUGCUGACCCCUGGGCUUCUCACCCCUUCGGAGGGGCAGGGGUCAGUCAUGACCCACUACAAUCAGCUUCCCCAUCGCCUCUGGCUGCCGUACCACUGCCUCAGUCCCUCCUUGCUGCCCUGGGCCACUCGCACUGCUGCCCCACAUCGUCCCCAGACCCCCGAGGCUGAAUCCAGCCCUGCUGCCCCAUCCUGCUGCCCCACUGCCGAGGGACCGGAGCCACCGCAGGGGGGGCAGCGAUGCCAACAGCCCCCGUGGGGAGCAGGGGUCUGGCUCCUGCCCCCUCUCUGCACCAGCUUGCCUCCUGACGGGGCUCGGCCCAGUGUAGCUUCUUGGGGGGCCAUGCUGGCUCUCCACAUGCCAAAAGGCAUCGCCUGUGCCCGGCUGGGGGCUGCUGGCUCUGCCCCAGCCAGGGACAUGGCGCGGGAAUGCCAGGGAUGGGGGAACAUGGAGACACCUUCCCCAGGGGCGGUGAGAGCCCCUCUGCGCCUGCAGCGCUGCUCGCCACAGCCAGAUUGUUCUCCGGGAUGUGCUCCCAACACAGAUCCCCAGCUCUGCUGGGGUGGGAAACAUGGAGUCAGGGGACAGUGGAGCACAGUUGGGUCGUUUCUGCGGGUGGGGAGAGGGUGAGAGGAAAUGUUGGGAAGGGUCAGGAAGGCUUUGCCCAUCUGUGCUGUGUGAUGAGUUGCUGGGUCUCUGCAAGGGCAGCCUGGGCAGGUGGUUUGGGACCAGCUUGAGGGGGAUUUUGCUGGGCUGGGGAGGAUGCGCUGGCAUUGGGAGUGCGGGCAUGUGGUGGGAUCAAGGCAGUGGCAACUCAGGGCUAGGGAAGAGG